AUGUUCCAUGGGAUACGAGCUGAGCAAGAGGCCCUAGGGCUGGACCCAUGGGCACCCUUCGCGGACGAAGAAGAAUGGGCCCUUGUCAAGUGGUUGAUAUCACGGGUGGGACAGACCGCAAUAGACGAGUUCCUCAAACUACCAAUUGCACAACACAUGCGCACUUCUUUCACCAGCAAAUACACAUUGAUGAAAUCUGUGGAUAAGCUUCCACACGGCACUGAGUGGAAAUUGAAGAGAAUCAACGUCGAGGGGAACUUACUCAGAAAUGGCCAGUGUGAGCGCGAGGAACUCGAGUUGUGGUUGCGCAAUCCUGUCGACUGCAUACGGGAGCUCAUGGCGAAUGCGGAGUUCAAUGGUGUGGUGUCAUACACACCAGAGAGGGUGUUUGCAGAUGUGGAGGGCAAGGUACGACAGUUUGAUGAAAUGUGGACGGGAGACUGGUGGUGGGAGAUGCAGGGAAGAUUGCCUGAAGGGGCUACAGUUGCUCCAGUUAUCCUCGCUUCAGACAAGACCUCACUGUCUCAAUUCCGAGGUGAUCAAGAAGUCUGGCCGGUCUAUUUGACCCUCGGCAAUAUUUCCAAGGACAUCCGUCGUCAGCCCUCCAAACACGCCUCGAUACUCAUUGCCUACCUACCUAUAUCGAAGCUGGAGUGUUUCUCGCGCGACACUCGAUCUCUUGAACGCUAUCGUCUUUUCCACUACUGUAUGACCCAACUUCUCGAGCCACUCGUCAGUGCGGGCAAGGACGGUGUUGACGUGAUUUGCCCUGAUAGCCGUGUCAGGCGGAUGCACCCGAUUCUUGCAGCCUACGUCGCGGAUUUCCCAGAACAAUGCCUGGUAUCGUGUUGUAUGGAAAAUAGAUGCCCCAAAUGUGUCGUCGGACGCAACGACCGUGGUGACAUGAGGCGAUCAGCUCCCCGCGAACGAGACUCAAUUAUGGAGUACCUACGCCAGCACUCGCAGGGUGAAUUGAGCAUUGAACGCUUCGAGGGAGAGUUAGGGCUGCAAGCCAUAUACAAACCUUUCUGGGCCACACUGCCCCACAACGACAUAUUCCUGGGUAUGACUCCUGACAUCCUGCACCAGUUGCACAAGGGGGUCUUCAAGGAUCAUCUCGUUAAUUGGUGUACAGACAUCAUCGGCGAGGAGGCACUCGACACCCAUUUCAAGUUGAUGACUUCAUACGCCGGCCUUCAUCACUUCCACAAGGGUAUUUCGAAGCGGAAGCAGUGGACUGGCGCUGAUUAUAGAGAACUCCAGCGUGUAUUCCUCGGCGUUAUUGCAGGAGCAGUUGAGAACAGGGUGAUAUCAGCAGUACGUGCUGUGUUGGAUUUUAUCUACUAUGCUCAAUACCAAUCGCACACGGAAAAUUCGCUGGCUCGCAUGCAAGCUGCGCUCGCCUCGUUCCAUGCCAACAAGAACGUCUUUAUCGAACUUGAAGUCCGCGAGCACUUCAACAUACCCAAGAUUCAUUCCAUGGUCCACUAUAUCGACUCGAUUCGUUUAUUUGGGAGCGCAGACGGAUUUAAUACCGAGCUUCCAGAAUGUCUUCACAUCGAUCUCGCCAAACGUGCUUACCGUGCAAGCAACUGCCGCGACUACGUCAUUCAGAUGACGACGUGGCUACGUCGGCAAGAGUCACUUUCCAUUAAAGAUGCAUACCUACAUUGGUGGGCUUCUCAACGUCUUAUCGACAAACCGUCGGACUCUGCAGCUGCACUGGAUCUUGUUGAACAAGAUUCGGAUAUCAGCAAAUCAGAUUCCGACGAUGAUAUUCCCGACCACUCGCGCCAGCUUCACAUCAUGCCUCGCCAGAUCCACCGCUUCACAAUGUUGUCUGCCACACGUGGCUACUUUGUCCCCAAGAUCUGCUCAUUCCCCAACAUACCGAUUCAACGUCUCAUCGAAAACCACGGCACCUCUCAGUUCGUUCCUGCGCUUCAAGCAUUCGUAAACGAGCACUUUCCAGGUCAGUUGCAUAGGCAGCUAAAUGCACAGGACCGUGUCGACGUCUUCAAAUAUUUGUCAGUGCUCUCGCCAGCUCGACCCCACAUUACGAACUCCAAGUGUUUUUUCAAGAUACGCGCAUCACCAGUGGUGGCUUCGAGGGAUCCGCGUAAACUGCCAGCACCUGCUCGGUUUGACACCGCGCUUUUCAUCGAAAACCGAGAACUUUACACGGCGAAGGGCAUAUCAGGGCUGCGAGUUGGUGAGGUGAAGGUUGUUUUUAAUCUGCCGUCACGUCUUGGCAAAUUUUCGCAUCCACUUCUGUAUGUUCACUGGUUCAGACCUCUACAGACCUUCGACGAUAAUUUGCAGACCUUCCGACUUGCUCGGUCAUCACGACAGCACGGACCUCAUGCAGCCAUAGUGCCUGCCACAGAAGUCAUUCGUGUGUGUCACGUUAUUCCGCGUUUUAGUCGACAGCACGUUGUUGAUGAGGAGCAGUUCUAUCUUAACAAGUAUAUCGACUUAGAUUUAUUCGAGCGCUUGGUGUUGUAG